AUGUCACUUAAUAUUAAUUACCAAAACAUUAAAGUACCUUUUCCCCCAACCAUUAAUGUAGAUGAAAUAGUAAAUAUUCAUUUAAAAAAUGGUAUUAAGAACGUUAACAAAACUAUGAAUGCAUUUAUAAUUUUUCGAAAAGAAUAUAAUCGUGUAGUUGCAAAAUUUAAUCUUUCAAGUAAAGAUGUAUCUAAAUUUGGCAGCAUUUCAUGGAAAAAUGAGCCAGUAAAUGUCAAAAACCAUUACCGACAGAUGGCAAAAAAUGUAAAAAAAUGUUUCAAAAAAAAAGUUCCUUCUCUUUGUUUUAUCAACCGUUAUCAAGGCGAUAGUAUAAAUGAUAAUCACGUCCCUUCAGGAACCGUUAAUCCUUCACUUAAUACGAUUCAAAACUUUCCUCCACCACUUAAUCAGAAUCAAAAAUUUCUUAAUGCUAGUCCUCUACAAAAUUCCACCUACUUACUUCUUGAUAGAGAAUACAACUCUCCAGAUUUCACCAAUUUUAAUCUUCCGCCUCCAAAUAUUACAAAUGUGGAACAAAACGAUGACGAUUUUGAAAAUAUAUGUCUUGCACACAAUAAUAUGGAAGAGAAUGAAUUUAUAAACCGUUUUUCUGAAGAUAAUGUAUUAACUUAUAAGGCAAUUUGUUAUUCAAUCGUCACCCUACCUUUAUAA